AUGACUGAAAAUAUUUCAAUAGAUACUGAAAAGGAAGAAUAUGAACUUGAUAGGGCUUUAGACGUCUUACUAGCUGAAAAAAGAUUAUGGGAAGAAGCUUUUAGUGCAGCUCAGAAUGAAAUCAAAGAAAAAAGUGAGCAAAUAGCAGCUUUAACUUUAAAGUUACAGGAAAAUUCAUUAGCGUAUAGUUAUAGAGAGAGUAAAACAGAUGAAUUUACAGUUGAAGAUAAUAUUAAGAUGUUAACUUUUCCAGCUAACAAAAGAGAUAAUAUUCCAAGCAAUACUGUAGCUAUUAAUAUGAAUACUAGUAAUAAAAGCGAAUUUGAGAAUUAUGCUCUGAGGGAACUGAUUAAGAUUGGGAAGAACCAAAUAGACAGUGCGGAUGGUACCUGUAAGAUCAUUUCUAUGGUGGAAACAUCUCAAAGUAUUGAAGCAGCCUAUGCUAUUAUAUGGAAACUUCUUGCAGAGUCAAAUACUGAAAAAUUAAUGCUAGAAAGGCUUAUAGAAUCACUUAAGUCUGAAUUAAAUACAGCUCAAGAAGCUGUACAAUUGCUUCACAAAAAGAUACAAGAUACUGAAAAUAACCACCACUUAGUUUCAAUAGCAUACUCUUCACAAAUGAAAUCUAUACAAAAUGAUUUAUCUAGUGCCUGCAAAGAUAUAGAGUUUUGGAAAAACCAAUAUGAGACAUUAGCUGCAGAUAAAUUAAAUAAAAAUACUUUAAGUCAAUUGACUUCACAAUUUGAGGAGUUUAACACAGAAGAAUGGUGUGAUCUAUCUUGUGGAGCAAAUACUUCAUACUCAGUAGAAAUAACUCCAAAUUCUUUUUGGUGGUUUAUAGCUUUAUAA